GGUAUUACCCCAGAUAUGAUGAAACUCAUUAUCGAAUACGCCUACACAAGGACAGUGCCCAUUACAGUGGACAAUGUGGAACGGCUCCUCGUAGCCGCCGACCAGUUUAAUGUGAUGGGUAUCGUCAGAGCCUGCUCCGAUUUUAUGAAGUCUCAGCUCUGCUUGGAGAAUUGUAUUGGCAUCUGCAAAUUCACCGAGUAUUACUACUGCCCGGAGCUACGACAGGCUGCCUACAUGUUCAUCCUGCACAACUUUGAGGAAAUGGUAAAAGCGUCUACUGAAUUCCUGGAGCUCUCGGUCAAUGAGUUUAAGGACAUCAUUGAAAAGGACGAACUCAACGUGAAGCAGGAAGACGCGGUCUUCGAAGCCAUUCUCAAGUGGAUCGCCCACGAACCUCCCAACCGGAAACAGCACAUGGCGGUCUUGCUACCGAAGGUCCGUCUGGCCUUGAUGCAUGCGGAGUAUUUCAUGAACAACGUCAAAAUGCACGAUUAUGUGAAGGACAGCGAGGAGUGCAAGCCCAUUGUGAUCGAUGCCCUCAAAGCCAUGUACGACCUGAACAUGAAUGGCCCUUCGAGUUCCGACUUCACCAAUCCACUGACGAGACCCCGGCUCCCUUACGCCAUCCUGUUUGCCAUUGGUGGUUGGAGUGGAGGGAGCCCAACCAAUGCGAUUGAGACGUAUGACGCCCGGGCGGAUCGUUGGGUGAAUGUGACUUGCCAGCAGGAGAGUCCCCGGGCGUACCACGGCGCUGCCUACCUGAAGGGCUACGUCUACAUCAUUGGCGGGUUUGACAGCGUGGACUACUUCAACAGUGUCAAGCGGUUUGAGCCCAUCAAAAAAACCUGGCACCAGGUGGCUCCCAUGCACUCCAGGCGCUGCUAUGUUAGUGUCACCGUCCUUGAUAACUUCAUCUAUGCCAUGGGUGGCUUUGACGGUUACGUGCGCCUCAACACGGCAGAGAGGUACGAGCCCGAGACCAACCAGUGGACCUUAAUCGCUCCCAUGCACGAGCAGAGGAGUGACGCGAGUGCCACGACACUCUACGGAAAGGUUUACAUUUGUGGUGGUUUCAAUGGGAACGAGUGUCUCUUCACGGCGGAGGUCUACGAUGCCAAGGUGGAUCAGUGGAGCUUGAUUGCACCCAUGCGUAGCAGGCGCAGCGGGAUCGGCGUGAUUGCGUACGGAGAACACGUCUAUGCAGUGGGCGGCUUCGACGGCGCCAACCGCCUGCGGAGUGCCGAGGCGUACAACCCGAUCGCCAACACCUGGCGCACGAUCCCGACCAUGUUCAACCCCCGGAGCAACUUCGGCAUCGAAGUGGUGGAUGACCUGCUUUUUGUGGUGGGCGGCUUCAACGGCUUCACGACCACGUUCAACGUCGAGUGCUACGAUGAGAAGACAGACGAGUGGUAUGAUGCCCAUGACAUGAGCAUCUACCGCAGUGCGCUGAGCUGCUGCGUGGUCCCAGGGCUGCCCAACGUCGGGGAGUACGCUGCCAGGCGGGACAACUAUGUGGGGUCAUCCCAGAGAGACGAGGUCAAAUAUUCGUCCUCCACUAGCACACUCCCAGUGUGAAAAGAGAGAGAAGAAGAAGA